CAUGAUGCCUUGUGCAUUACAUGUAUGUAAUUUUUUUUCGCCCCACACUAAAGCUGUCCUGUUUCUUUGCCAUGCGGUAGUGGGCGGCCUGGCCGAAUGACGCGUUUGCUGAAUGAGCUAAUUCAAAUUUUACUCGCGUUAGAAUGAUAUCACUGUCGAAACAAAAAAACGGAUUAACAAUGCACCUUUAAAAUGCGGAGAUGGAACAACUUUUCGGACAUUGAUCAUUAUCAACGGUUUGCAGCACUCUUGCCCCGAGAGUUUCAAAUUAGCUUCAAGAUGAUGAAAAUUAUUCUCUGUUUCUGUGCUGUUGUUUCAUGCUGCGUAGCAGUCCGAUACGAUGGGUAUCAGACUUGGCGUGUACAACCACGCGACUCCAAUGAAAUUGAAUGGCUCAAUUCCUUGAAAGAUAGACUGGUCGACAAGCUUGACUUCUGGCAGAACUCUGGCCGUCUGGAUCGCCCCGUGGAUGUGAUGGUACCACCCACUGCCCUUUCCUACAUGAAGGAAGCCCUGAUGAGCCGUGGCCUUUCCUACGACGUCAUGAUUGCUGACGUCCAAGCUCUUUCUGAUUCGCAGAUAAAGCAUGACGUCACCACCAGCGCCAUGUCGUUUAACUAUAAUGUCUAUCACACGUACGACGAGAUCCAACAAUGGGUUUUUGACUUCACGACUGAGCACAACAGCAUUGUGGAACAAUUUCAGAUUGCAACUUCAUUUGAAGGUCGCGCCAUCAAUGCUAUCAAGAUGGGUUCUACUGGACUGAACAAGCCCGCCAUCUACUGGCAAGGAGGCAUUCAUGCACGGGAAUGGAUCUCACCAGCAACGGUCAUGUACAUCGCUAAGAUGCUUGCGGAAGGAUAUGGGUCAGACAGCACCGUGACGAGGAUGUUGGACACUUUCGAUAUCUAUAUCGUUCCCCUGUUGAAUGCUGAUGGCUACGUAUACACAUGGACAAACGAUCGUUUGUGGCGUAAGACUCGCUCCAAGUUUGGUGUACAAGUGUGUGUCGGCACAGAUCCCAACAGAAAUUACGACUACCAGUGGGCAGGUCAGGGGGCAAGCUCUGGUAAGUGUCAGGACACCUAUCAUGGACCGUUCGCUCAUUCAGAGCCUGAAAUAGCCAGCACCACGUCUUACCUGCUGGAACGUGCCCAAAGGCAGAAGUUCGUCAGUUUCAUCGAUUUCCACGCCUACUCACAGCUCUUCCUUUCCCCCUGGUCAUACUCUCAGUUUGCAGCCUUGCCAGUGGAGAGCGCAGACCAUAACACAGCUUCAGUCAAAACUGUAAACGCCCUGAAGUCUUUGUACGGUACAGAAUACACGUAUGGACCCUCUGCACGCACACUAUAUGCCGCGUCGGGGUGUAGUGUGGACUGGGGCUUUGGCGUGUUGGGUGCUAAGUACUCCUACGUGAUAGAGCUGCGAGACACCGGGAGAUAUGGCUUCUUGCUCCCAGCUUCACAGAUCGAGGAGUCUGGUCUGGAGACCUUCGAGGCCAUGAAAGCCUUUGGAGAACACCUGCUGAGCGAGUUCGCUUAGGUCCUCAUUAAAUCACAGGCCAAGUUCCAAUGAUAAAUAAAAUUGCCAUUGAUCUCUCCGGAAAUCUUUUUCGUGCUAUCAAUGAAUUAUGCAUGCCUGACAUGCCCUGGAACUGUCUACAGGACGAGCUGAUGAAAACGUUAAUCAAAGACGUUAAAUAAAUGCGUACAUUUGGAAAAUUUGAGAACAUACGUAGUAGGACCAUAAGCCUCGGUCAUCAUGACUAAAUAGCAUGUCUUGGUUAUAAAACCAACAAGGCCCUGGUAAAAGAUUUUUUUUGUUUUAGUUUACGCCACUUUUACCAAAACUGGUUUGAAGUCCAACUUGGGCCUCACGUUAAAUCAGUUGUAAACGUUAUACCUCGGUAGGCACUAGCUCGGGCUUUACAGGCUAGGGCGUAUAACCAGGGUUAUUUUGUCCGGGGGGCACCCUGGGGUGCACACAUUUCCUUCAAGGGGGCACCAAAAGACAAUGAGCUGCAGCAGAGGUUGUGUAUGGAUUUCAAAUGGGGGGGGGGCACCCGGGGGCCACGAGCAUUCGGCCCCCUCCCUGUAGUUACGCCACCGUUUAAGUGGAAGUCUUUACCAAGCACUUCAUACAAUCAAUCGUAUUGUUUUGCAUAGAAGUUGUAUAAGUUGUAGGAAUACGUAUAACUUUUUAAUAAAAAAUGGAAACAUUGUUAGCCUGACCGAUACCCUCCUUAUGGAUUUCUGCUUUGGUGUAAUGCUGUCACCAUGACAACAGAUAAUUCUAUUUGUCCCAAAUAUUCCUCAACACGUUUGACAACACAAAAUUGUCUCUGUAUUGGCAGUGUCAUAUUAAUAAACGACUAAGAGAUGGAGCAGCCUGA